AUGUCCGCAGGCACGGCUUCGUUUGCGGCCGCCACGGCCUCCAACUCCGACAUUCACUCUAAGCUCAGCUCGACCUUCGCGGCGACCUCCUCCUCAUCCCUCGGAUCCUUGACGGACUAUUCCAACUACCCCCUCGUGCGACGCGGCGAUCGCACAUAUCUCCGUGACCCCGACAACAUCUACCCUCUCCCAUGCGACCUCCCCGAGAUCCACCGCCAAAGCCUGCGCACAAUGAUGCUGCUGCGCGUCUUCGGCGGCCCAUUUUGCAAUCCCCACCUCGCCAAUCGCCCGCCCAAACGCGUCCUGGAGAUCGCCUGCGGGUCCGGCCUGUGGUCCGGCCUGUGUCACGAGUACUGGACGCGGCGCGGGCAGCCGAACGUUGCCUUUGUCGGGAUCGACUUCGUCUCGCUCGUGCCGGACUUGCGCAAGCAGGGCAUGAACUGGCAAUUCAAACGACAUGAUCUCCGAAAGCCCCGUCUCCCUUUCCCGGACGAUUAUUUCGACCUGGUCUUCAUCAAAGACGCGGGCAUGUGCCCAUCCAGUCCCGCGCAGCAGGCCUCAGGCCUGAGCGAACCCCUGCGCGUGCUCAAAUCCGGCGGCGUUCUCGAGGUCUGGGACUCCGACUGGGUCUUCCGCUCGCUGCUGCCGAACCCGGCGCCGGCCCGGAAAGCCUCCCUGAAGGACCAGGAGGUCGCCGACUCCACCGCCACCUAUACGUUUACCUCGGCGACGCCGUUCACCCAGCCGCAGAACAAGUACCUAGUGGACUACAACUCCUGGGUGGAGAAGUCGUUCGACCAGCGCAAGCUCACCGCUUUACCGUGCGCCACUAUUGGCCUGUCCUUCAACUCGGAAGUGGAUCUGUUGGAGAAUGUGGACAGUCGCCGCAUCGCAAUCCCCCUCGGCGAGUUGCGGUGGGAGCGAGAGGGCCAAGGCAAAGAUUCCAAGGGCCAGCCUCGCAAGGCAUUGAGUACCGAACAGCUCUCUAUCCGACGAACGGCCUUGCUGACCGUAGUCCAAAUGAUUGAGGGCAUGGAGCCCAUGCUCAUGGAGGCCAGUGGGAAGGGUCGCGAUGAAUGGGACCGGUGGUGGGCGGCUAUGACCACGGAUCUAUUCCAAAAGGGCGGCCUCGCCAGUGGCGAAUGCCUCGAAGUGAGUGCGUGGUGGGGCCAAAAGAGAUGA